UAUACUUGUCACUUGUCUCGUAAGUGAAUAAGUGCGUGUUAUUCACGUGAGCCUCAUUCAUAAUGUGCCAGUAGUUGGUUACUGUGAACGUGUUGACAAUCACCUGUUUUUUGUUUUAAUUUUGAAAAUGUUUCUCACAAAUGUCUAUUUGUUAAUGGUGGUUUUGGCAACAUUUUGUGAUGCAGCAAACAUUUUAUAUGUGAUUCCAUUUACAUCUAAGUCUCAUUACAUAUACCUAAGGCCAAUUGGCCUCGAGUUGGCCCAAAGAGGCCACAAUGUGACAGUGAUAACGGCUUACAAGGAGAACAAUCACUCGGACACGUAUCAUCAGGUGAUGGUGGACAAGAAGGAAAUCUGGGAAGUGAUAGGGGGAGAAAGACCUAACGUUUUUACUAUGGUUGGCUUAUCAGCUGAAGAAUUCCACGACAAGAUUUUAUGGGGAGGAGGAUUAGCUUUUACAGAAGUAGCAUUAAAUUCUACACAAGUGCAAGACUUUCUGAAAAACGACCAUAAAUUCGAUCUAGUAAUAUCAGAGCACUUUUUCCAAGAAGCUUUGUAUGUACUUGCUCAUAAAUAUAAUGCACCUUUAGCAUUAGUUACGACUUAUGGCAAUAGCAUGAGGCAUAAUAUUAUUACAAGGAAUCCAUUGCAACUAUCAACGCUAGUCUCAGAGUUCUUAGACGUUAAAGAACCUACAAGUUUUUGGGGCAGAAUGAGAAAUCUUUACUUUGCCGUGUACGAAUUUGUUUGGUUUAAGUAUUGGUAUUUGGAGAAACAGGAGGCGCUGGUUAAGAAAUACAUUCCUGGCCUGAAAGAACCGGUGCCAACUCUUUAUGAUUUAGAAAAGGACGCUGCUCUAAUGCUUUACAAUAGCCAUUUCAGUUUUGAUAAUGCAGUGGCGUAUGGGCCGAAUAUUGUGGAGAUUGGUGGAGUUCAUUUGUCAAAGAGUGAUGCAGAAUUACCUAAGGAUCUUAAGGAAGUUUUGGACGGCGCUAAAUAUGGUGUCGUGUAUGUAAAUUUUGGCUCCAACGUAAGAAGUUCAGAAUUACCAUUGGAGAAAAAAAAUGCAUUCCUCAAAGUAUUUAAAGAACUCAAACAGAUAGUAAUUUGGAAGUGGGAAGAUGAGAAAUUGGAAAACAAGCCAGAUAAUUUGGUUAUAAGAAAAUGGUUUCCACAGAAAGAGAUUCUAUCUCAUCCAAAUGUGAAAGUAUUUAUAUCGCACGGUGGAUUGAUUGGAACACAGGAAGCUAUUUUUCAUGGAAUCCCAAUCAUAGGUAUUCCUAUUUAUGCAGAUCAGUUCAACAACUUGCUGCAAGCUGAAGAAAUUGGAUUUGGACAAAUGUUGCUUUUCAAAGACAUCACUGAAGAUAACCUCCGUAAGAUGCUUAACAACGUAUUGAAAGAUGAUAAGUAUGGAGCCAAAGCUAAGGAAGUUUCAGCAAGAUUCAAAGACAGACCAAUGAGUGCUCUUGACACCGCAAUGUUUUGGAUUGAAUACGUAAUUAGAAAUAAAGGCGCCCCGUAUAUGAAAAACUCUGCACUGAAAAUUGAUUGGAUAGCUAGCAAUAUGUUGGAUGUUUACGCUUCUAUUGUUAUAGUGUUAUUAAUUGUUGUAUAUAUUUUUAUAAGAAUUCUAAAUAUGUUGAGAUCACUCGAAAUUGUUAAUGUUGACAGAAAAAAAGGGAAGCAAAAGAGGAAUUAAGAUGAGUCUGUGCUUCGACGAAUAUAGGUACCAUUUAUUGAGGGCUGUUUGCUGGAUCUUUUUGUCUUGAGGGAAUAUUAAUUAUAAACUCACAAGAACUGUACAUUGCAAAUACGCACAUAUUUUCAUAUGUGUUUACACAUCACAAAAAGAAACCCAGACAAAAUAGAAGUGAGCGGAAACGGAAAUUUCGCGGAGACAAUAAAAGUAUUUUUUCAUUUUAAUUUAGGUAGAUUCAGAUUUAUUUAUUGCAAGUAACAACUUUGAAGUUGUUACGUAGAUAGACAAUAUGUUCAAGUAACGCCCUGCAAGGACACAGCAAACAUGGCAGCUAGUUCCCACUUUACUUAAAAAUUAAAUUUUACGAUUCACUGCUCAAAUUACAUUUCACACAAAGUAGAGAAAUCAAAGUGGAUUUUUGUUAAAUGUUAUCGAAAAAUUCUGAUAUUUCAUAAUUAUAUUUAUAAAUGAGGUUUUUUUUUUGAAAAAUGUGAAUUAUUUGUAAUAUCUUUUAAAUAAAUAGGGAUAUUUAAUGUUUGUAUUAUAAACAGCUAGAUGGACAGACACGUUCGCUUGCAUUUUAUCUCAACAAGGAUAUCUAUCACAGAGGAUACCUAACCAAUUAAGUACCCAUUAUUACUUGUAGUUUAGUUUUAAUUUGAUAGCGGACAUUAUUCAUUUUUUUAAAGAUCCCUAAAACUAUUCUGAACAAAAUAAUUUAAAAUUGUUCCGCCACUAAAGUGUAAAAGUUAAAUUCGCAGUAAAAAUUCAGCAAAUUCUCUCGGUCGGGUCGAGACAUAGUUAAAGUUACUUUUGGUUAUAUUAUACAAAUACUUAUGCUCCCAAAGAGGUGUAGCAAAGUUUAACAUUGUUACAGAAAACUGCACAAGACCCAAAUUCUACACAGCCACAGUUUGACUUCGCGUUUAAAUUUCAGUUGUGUUGAAUCAAAAUCUUUUAAGUAAUAUGUACAUAACUAGCAUGACUGUAUGAAUCAGUAAAGAAAAAUAUCAUUUGU